CUGCAUUGUUAAGACGAAACUCGCGGAGCUGCUGGAGUUGCCGGGGAGCGUCUGUUGUACUUAAAGAAAAUAACAUCUAAAACACUGAAAUCCAACUGUGUCAUACAAAUAUAUCUUUCAAAACAUUGAAAGCAAAGAUGCCAUCAGUGACCGCUGGCGACAAUGCUGUUCACUCUUCCAGUCCGGAUUUGGGCUCUGCACCAUCUGAAGCCCUCAAGCAAGUUCUUGUUGUAAUUGACAAGAAAGUUCGCAAUAUGGAAAAAAGAAAGAGUAAACUGGAUGAUUACCAGACCAGGAAGGACAAAGGAGAACGUCUCAACCAGGAUCAGCUGGAGGCUUUAUCUAAAGCUCCGGAGGUGGCUCACAACUUGGACUUUGCCCGUGAGUUGCAGAAGAGCUUCCUGGCUUUAAAUGUGGAGAUCCAAAAAACAGUGAAAAAGGCAACCCGGCGGGAGCAGUUGAAGAGGGAGGAGGCAGAGCGCAAGCGACUGAAGGCCGUGUUGGAGAUCCAGUACCUGCUGGAGCAGCUAGGGGAGGAGAAUGUGAGGCAAGAGCUGACUCAGUCCACCGGAGAAGCCUCUUUGCUCACAGAGGCCGAGCUCAUGGGUUUGGAUGAGUUCUACAAGCUGAUUGGGCCUGAGCGGGACUCUAGCGUAAGGUUGGCUGAGCAGUUUGAUGAAGCAUCCGUGCAUUUGUGGGAGCUUUUAGAGGGAAGGGAUAAAGCUGUGGCUGGAACCACAUACAAAGCCCUUAAGGAAACCUUGGACAAGAUGCUGCUAAGUGGGUACUUUGAUCGUGCUCCAACACAUCAGAAUGGAGUGUGUGAAGAAGAGACGGGAGCCACAGUGGUGGAGUCAUCAGAGAGCGAGGAACAUCCUGCUGAGCCAGAGGGAGCUGCUCAGGAAUACUCAGAAACUGAGGUUGAAGCAACAGAGUUUGUAAACAGACAGUUCAUUCCAGAAGCUGCCUAUAGCAGCAGUGAAAAAGAGCAAGGAGCAGAGUGGAACACAAGUUCUCAGGUGGUUAGUGUCCUCCAGCAGCCACAGCAGCCUCCUGCAGCCAUGAGCCCGACUCUGAUGAGCUCAGAUGCGCACACGCUGAACGCCGUCCUCCCUCCUCCUCCUGCAACAGAUCCAGUGGUCCGAAAGCAGGCAGUACAAGAUCUCAUGGCGCAAAUGCAGGGUACCUUUAACUUCAUGCAGGACUCAAUGCUGGAGUUUGAGGGGCCGCCUUUAGAUCCUGCCAUUGUGUCAGCGCAGCCUAUGAAACCCGCACAGAUGGUCUGUCCACCAGAAUCCCGACUCCCCCAACACAAUGCUCUUUCUGUUCAGCCUGAGCCUACACAAGUCCCAAUGGUCUCUGCCUCCACACCCCCGCUCUAUCAGCCCGCUCAUACCUCAGAGCCACGACCGCAGACGGACACCAUUGACCCCUUACAGGUCUCCAUGCCCCUGCCGUCUGAGCAGCCCCCCACCCCUUCCUCUCAGCCUCAGGUGUUUCAGCCCAAACCCCUUCACAGCGGCAUCAACGUUAACGCAGCUCCAUUCCAGUCCAUGCAAGCGGUGUUCAAUAUGAACGCUCCAGUUCCCCCAACCAAUGAGAUGGACUCUCCGAAGAUUUCCAGCCAAUAUCAGAGUAGUUAUGGUCAAGGCUUCAGCACACAAGCUGCCCUUCCAGCUGAACAGCAGGAAAUGCCUCAAGAAGCCCUGCAGUCAGUUGGCUCUUUCCAGUCUCAAGACCAAGGUAUUACAUCUGCAGGGGGACACCAGUCUGCACCACAGCAGCCCUCGGGACAGGGAACAGGAUUUGGGCGGCCAGGCCAGUCUUUUUACAGCAACAGAGCAAUGCCACGAACUGGACCCAGAAAUCCCAGAGGCUCUUUGAAUGGUUACCGUGGACCAUCAAAUGGAUUUAGAGGUGGAUACGAUGGGUAUCGUGCUCCAUUCCCCAACACUCCUAACACCGGAUACGGUCAAACUCAAUUCAGCACUCCACGAGAUUACUCCAACAACACCUACCAACGGGAAGGAUAUCAGCAAAGCUUCAAGCGAGGAGCUGCCCAGGGACCUCGAGGUUGCUCUCGAGGUAAUACUCAAGCGAUGCGAUCCUAAAAUCUUUGGGAAGACUUGUUUCUUUUUGGCCACUUUGAACAUUCAAUUAUUGAGAAUGUUUUCCCCAGCCCAUAUUUUUACUCCUAUCAGUGGUUCCGUUUUGUUUUUUUUUUUUUGUUUUUUUUUUGUUUUUGCUGUUGGCUUAUUGAUACAAGUAAGCCUGCUUUGAUAGUUUUAAUAUACUAAAAAGUGUUUUACAGAGACCCAAUGGAGAGCUGAAAGUGUCAGUGUUGUGAAUUUUCAGCCAGGUCGUGUUUAAAACAUAGAUAUUCCUGUAAACUUGAAAGAUUUUCAUUAAUUUAUUUUUUUUAUAAAAUAAAAUGCAAAAAGAUAACUGCCACUGUCGGUCCAAUCCAUAGGAGUGUUUCUGAUAUUUUGUUGGCCUGUCCCCCUUCCCAUACUUGGUUCUUUGCCUGUGUAUUGGGUACCGAAGGCGUUAAUUGUUUGUUUUUGUUGUUGUUUUUUUCCACCCCAUUUCAUUUUGAAGAUUAUUUUGUUGGUUUGUUUUCUGCUGUCCUGCCCUUUGUAUGCUCAUGUCACUCCUUGAGAGAAUGUUUCAAUAAAGAUGUGUUGCAUUA